AUGGCAAACAAGCUCAUUGACGUCUCCGAGCUCACGAAGAAGUCUAAGGAUGAAGGUCUUCUCCCGCAGCCCCACCAGCCGACAUACAAGCUCGCCUUGGUCGAGAUUUACGUCGAGAAUGCCAAGGGCAACCCUGGCGGCAGCGAUAAGCUCACGAACGGCCACCGUUUCGAUUCCAUCCCCAUUGCCAAUGGCAUGAUCGAGAACGGCAUGAGCUGCCAGAUCGUGAAUUAUGUCAAGGAGGAACACCAGAAGUUUUUCAAUGUCCUGAAGCGAUUCGAUGGUGUCAUCGUGCGCUGUAACCCGGGUCAGAUCAAUGCAGAUGGUGGUGAUCAGAAUGCAUUCGAUGAGUCCAUGUUGAAACUCUCCAAGAAGAUUCCUGUUUGGCCCACGGCAGAUGUGAUCUAG